AUGGACCGAUUAGGAUAUUACAAGGCAUUAGGCGUAGAUACUAAUGCUUCUACUAAGGAUAUUAAGACCGCAUUUCGUAAAUUGGCUUUAAAGUACCAUUCCGACGGCGCGGCAGCUGCAAGUGCAUUAAAACAGUGUAAAACAGAGGAGGAACGAGCGGCAAAGAAGAAAGAACUAGACCAGAAGUUCUCUGAAAUCUCAGCAGCUUAUGAAGUUCUUUCUGAUGACGAGAAAAGAAGGAAGUAUGAUAGUGGUGAGGACCAAAUGGGCUUUGAUAUGGGUGGAAUGGGCGGAAUGGGUGGUUCAUUCUUUAACUCAUUCUUUGGUGGUGAUUUUGGUGGUCAGUCGCGACAGGCCAAAGUGGCUAGUCGAGUAGAGAAAAUUCAAAUAGGACUCCUGGACGUACUGAAGGGGAAGACUAGUAAGUAUAGAAUUACUCGUAAUGUUGUUUGUCGGCCUUGUGAUGGGAUAGGAUAUCCGAAUAGCAAGGAGUGUAAGCGGUGCAAGGGAGCGGGUGCUUAUUUAGAGGUAGCUAACAUGGGUGGAAUGUACAUGCAGAAGCAAGUAGUCUGCCGGGAAUGCCGGGGUGAAGGUGUCUUUACUUCUGGACCGAAAUGUACGAGUUGCCAUGGGAAAGGACAGUGUGUGGAGCAGAAAGUUAUUCAAGUGAAUAUUCAGAAGGGAGUGGCAACGGGAGAGAAGAUUGUCUACCGGGGAAUGGGUGAUGAAGAAAAAGGAGCCUUACCUGGGGAUUUAGUCUUUGUUAUUCAAGUUAAGCCGGAUGGAAGGUUUAAGCGUAUUUCUUUGGAGCACUUGUACACGGAAGUACGUGUACCGGUUGUGCAGUUGUUACGUCGGGAUCCGGUUGAUUUAUUGACUUUAGAAGGGGAGAGUAUUAAGGUAGGCUUGCCAGAGAUAGCCAAUCGGGAUUUAGGAGAAGACUUCUUGAUGGUUAGUCAGCAGGGUAUAGGCGUAGGUUCUGGUGAACGUGGCUGUCUUUUCGUGCGGUUGAUUCCCGUCUUUAGUGGCGUAGAUAAGAACGCAGAGAUAGUUAGUCAGUUGGGAGCAGCGGCUAUUCCGGCGCCAGUUAGUGGUACUCCGGCUAUUUUCAUUAACAAGCAAAGCCUGGAGCAGUACACGGGCGGCGAGGCCGAGGCCCAGUAUGAGGAAGAAGGACAUAGCCACCAGGGUGCUCAGAGAUGCACGACGGUUUAG